AUGCUUAAUGAACCCGAAACCUACGACUGCGACCCCAACCCGUUCAGAGUGUCCGCUUGGGACAUCUGCUGGACUUUGGUCACAUUGGUGGUAUAUGCGCCCCUGUCGGUACUCUCAUCGCUAUGCAAUCCGAGCACAGUGCUUCGGUGGAGUGCCGUGAAGGAGCAAAUCGGUCAUAACCUUCUCUUAUGUCUCGGCCUUCAUGUUCCGGUGUCGGUGAUCCAGCGCGUAAGCGAAAAGACUGGAGACAUUAUCAGACAGUCCGUACGAUACGCCAAUACGCCGUUCCAAGUCCUAGAGAGGGUACGAAAACCUCGCUUUGCCGGAUACUGGAUCUACCGUGAUCUAUCAACCGAAUCUUCGCCCCAGGAUGCAGACCUCGUACUCUUCCAUUUGCACGGUGGAGGCUAUGUUAUGGGUCACCCGCUUGAAAACGCAACUGAACUACUUCUCGUCGCAGAGGCGCUGUCACGGCGCAAUCAUUCGGUGGCCAUAUUUUCACUCGAUUACACUCUCGCACCCAAUGCGCCGCUGCCAACACAACUCGACCAAGCAAUGGCCGCAUAUGCUUGGCUCGUAAGCGAAAUACACAUCAAUCCGUCCAAACUAUACCUCAUCGGCGAAUCAGCUGGUGGACAUCUAAUCAUCUCUCUCCUCACAGCCCUAUACCAGCAGUCUCUUGGGCCUGAGAAGUCUUCUGCCCUCCCGAAGCCUGAUGCAGCAUUCUUGAUCAGUCCCUGGGUAAACUUGGACCCUUGCGGGCCCGACGCACACGCAAAUCAUCAAGAACUCGAUCCGCGCAGUGCCGCAUUCAAGCACGUUCUUGGGCGCUUCGCCAUCCUUGCCCUGCACGGGGCAUCACCAGACUAUAUAAAGCUACACGGGAACUUCGCACGCAUAGUCCGAGAGCGCGGUUCGUGGAAAGACAUCUUACCGGCGAAAACGUGGGUCUCAGCGGGUACCGCAGAGCCCUUAUUCCGUUUCGAUAUAGAAGAGUUCGUGGAGGCUUCGCGGCGCGACGGGGCCGAGGUGCGGUACGAGCUCGCAGAAGGGAGAGUGCACGUAUGGCAGACUGUUGAGGCUCGCGAGCAGGAGAAGCAGUUCCUGUCUCUGACAUUGGGUGAUGACAAUGAGCAGUUGAUGGCUGGAUAUCGGCAUAUCGCAGAAUUGAUAUGUGGUUGUUUGGAGAGCCAAGGGUAG